CGUUGUAGGGUGGGUGGCCCUGUAAAGCUCUCUCUCAGAAAUGUGGUCGAGCUGUAAACUUUUGUCCUAAUGUCCCUAGAUGAACUCACUUACCUAUCCGUUUCUCCUUCUUACUCAUAAAGGUGCAAAGAGAUGUAUAUUUUGAUGAUGUAUAUGUAUCAUCUUUCUCAAUACCGCUUCCUAGGUGUCGGAGCCAGAGGGAAAACGGAAAUUAUUAUGGAGAAAGAGAAACAUUAAGUAACAAAAGGAAAGAGAUCGCAGAUAAACAAAUUUAGAGGAUGAAUGGCGUUACACAUCUUGAACAAGAUUACCUUGAGUUUGUUGAGGUUGAUCCAACUGGAAGAUAUGGCAGAUACAAUGAAAUCCUGGGCAAAGGAGCUUCAAAGACAGUUUACAGAGCCUUUGAUGAAUAUGAAGGAAUUGAAGUUGCUUGGAACCAGGUCAAACUUUAUGAUUUUCUGCAAAGCCCUGAAGAUCUUGAGAGGCUUUACUGUGAAAUUCAUCUACUCAAAACAUUGAAGCAUCAAAACAUUAUGAAGUUCUACACAUCCUGGGUUGAUACUGCUAAUAGGAACAUCAAUUUUGUAACUGAAUUAUUCACUUCUGGGACAUUAAGGCAGUACAGGCAAAAGCACAAGAGAGUUAAUAUUAGAGCUGUGAAGCAUUGGUGUAGACAGAUCUUGAGAGGGCUUCUCUACCUCCAUAGCCAUGACCCUCCUGUGAUCCACAGAGAUCUCAAAUGUGAUAAUAUCUUUGUCAACGGGAACCAAGGGGAAGUGAAAAUUGGCGAUCUGGGCCUUGCAGCUAUCCUCCGGAAAUCACAUGCUGCUCAUUGUGUUGGGACACCAGAAUUCAUGGCUCCAGAAGUGUAUGAAGAGGAAUACAAUGAAUUGGUUGACAUCUAUUCAUUUGGAAUGUGCGUCUUGGAAAUGGUCACAUUUGAAUAUCCAUAUAGUGAAUGCACUCAUCCUGCUCAGAUUUACAAGAAAGUAAUCUCUGGGAAAAAGCCAGAUGCUUUAAACAAAGUGAAUGAUCCAGAGGUACGUCAAUUCGUUGAGAAAUGCUUGGCCACUGUGUCUCUAAGGCUUUCCGCUAGGGAGCUUUUGAAUGACCCUUUUCUCCAAGUUGAUGACUGUAAGAAUGGUUUAGGACCGACCGAAUGCUGGAAAGAAAUAGAUUACAUACACCCCCAACGGACUUUUCCUGAACAACAUUAUGAACGAGAUAUAUUUAAUAACGGCCCUUUCAAUAGCUACUCUAAUGGUUAUGCUUUUGAAGAUGAAAAUGGAUGGGGAUAUCAUUCAAAUGAGAUUGCGGAAGAAGAUGGAUGGAGGUAUCAUCCAAACAACAUUAAAGACCCAAAUAGAUGGGGAUAUCAUACCAACGAGAUUGAGCAAAGUGGAAUUGAACUGUUUGAGUACAAUGAUGACGAUCAUGCUGGAAAUCCUGCACAAAUUGACAUAACCAUCAAGGGGAAUAGGAGAGAAGAUGGAAGCAUAUUUUUGAGACUCAGAAUUGCUGAUAAAGAAGGUCACAUCCGAAACAUCUAUUUCCCAUUUGACAUCGAUUCUGAUACAGCAUUGAGUGUUGCAACCGAAAUGGUUGCAGAGCUCGAUAUCACUGAUCAAGAUGUCACUAAAAUAGCUGAUAUGAUUGAUGGCGAGAUUGCUUCAUUCGUGCCUGAAUGGAAACUUGGGCCAGGAAUAGAAGAAAACCCACGCCUUGCAAACGUGAGCUUUUGUGAGAAUUGUGCUUCCAACCGUACCUCUAAUGGUUCGUUCACGGCUUUUCUUUCACAUAAUCCCAGUACCAAGAAUUUGCAAAUUUUGCAUUGCUCUAAAAAUGGAUGUGCUGCUGUGCAUGGCCGAUUUGAAGAGAUCACAUAUGAAGUUGAUAAUCCUCAGCACCGAGUUUUAGAUGGUGCAAUUAAUCAAGUUCGAUUAAGCCAAGCUACUGGUUUCCAUCAUGCAGAAAUUUGCGAAAAGCACGUAAGCCAUGAAUGCAGUUCUCUAGGCUCUGGGCAGAGCCACUCUAUUGAAGAGCAUGAAAAAGUGGACCAAGCAAUAUCAACGAAGGGUGAAAAAGCAAUGGGAAGGGAAACCAAAAAUUCACUCAGUCCAAGAACCAUUAUAUCUUUAUCAGGUUCCCAUUCUUUGGCAGUGACUUCUGACCUCUCAGAUGAGUAUGAGCAUGAAAUUCAGCAUCAAUUGAGAUGGCUUAGAGCAAAGUACCAGAUGGAAUUGAUGGAACUUAGACAUCACCAGUUAGAACUAGUUCCAAAAUCUCGAAAUCUUCUUUUGUCAUCUACCGAUGGUAAUAACAGUGAGAUUUCAUCUUCUCUGAUUUCAAACAUUAAGAAGAGCUGCCCCGGUUCGGUAACCCUAAGGGCCCGAAAAUGCGAGGUGAGCAAGGAGUCUUCUAAUGAAGAAGACAUGGUUACUACCAAGAGUUUCUACAGUUGUUCAUUACUUCCAAACACUAUUCACAGGACAACAUCCCUACUAGUUGAUGCUGUGGAUAUGUAAGUUUGUAAGGCUCUCUUCAGUUGUUUCCCCAAAAAUCCUAUACAAUCAUAGAGGCUGUACAAUAAUCACAUCUAUUCAAAGGUGUGCUAUGAGGCACUCCGUUUGCUCCUCCUCUUUCUUUCUUUAAUUAAUUAAAAAAAAAUUUUGUGGUUAUUUUGGGGAUUGCCAAUAGCUGAUUCUUUACUAGUGAGAACAAAUGCAUGAUGGUGAUGAGUACCAGUGAAUAAUGAGAGAUGUAAUCACUGAGGCUUGUAGGCUCUCCAAGUGGAAUAAACUUGGUUGAAUUUGAG